AUGGCUCCUGCAUCCGUGCUGGAUCUCUUUGGCCUCUUGCAAAGUAGCACAUCUCAACUUCACCACAGUUUGAGUGUUCAUCUCACUGUACCAUCCGCUUCAGAGUUAACAUCAUCGAUAAAUCAAGUGACGACCUUGACGUCUAGUACUCUGCGCUCAACCUUCACAAGCAGUCGCAGUAAUACUGAAUCUAAUACCCUCUCUAAACCGAACAUUAUCGCUAUCGAGUGGCCCGCUCAAAUUCUGGCAAUAGAUGAGAUCGUUUUACUUAUCAUUUCGUAUCUAGAUGGUGAGUCGCUCUCGCGUGUUCAAGGCGUGAGUAAAGCUUGGCGAGAAUUCAUUCAGCAGCAUCUUGAGUGUCUUUAUCAAGUUUUGAUCUACGAACGCCAAGUUUUCCAUACCGUCAUUACCUCCAGGUCGGCUUUCCUAUCGUAUCUCUUUUCAAAGCGACACGAACUUGAUCAAGAGUUAGCGCACACACACGCUGUACAAUCAAAGUAUCAGGCAUUGGAACAAUACUGUACCUCGACUGAAGAUCAUGGUUUUGUCGCCAUGUUUUGCGAUAUUAUCGAGUUUACGAAUCCCAAAAUUGCUCGAUUUGUGGCUUUGAAACGCCAGAGUGCAUUGAGCAUGGUACUUGCUGCGACUCCAACGCACGUGAUGAAAUUUCGGAAACAAUCCAAAUUUGUAGGUCCAAUUACUUUUGUACCCGUUGAUAAUCCACUCUGGCCUGUAUUUACGCUCUCGCCUGUGACUGCACGAGGAUUCUUGGGUUACGCCUUUGAUCACGUCAGAGUAGUUCAUGGCUAUGAAGCUCUCAAGGAUACAGUCAUCAAGUCGAUACUUAAAGACCUUAUGAUCUUUGACACUAUGGAACACAUUGCAGCAUACGAACGAAGGAUUGGCUACGCACCUUAUGCCACAAGUCUUGAUUAUGAUGCUGAGAUGCCAGAUGUGGGCCGUCAUCUCAUCUUCUCUUCUUCAUUGCGUCGACAACUUGAAAAGUAUCCAGUAGCAGAACGAAUUGGCCGCCUUUAUGUCCGUAUCAAAGCCGUGGACAAUUGCAUCGCGACAACUUUGGCCAACCUUUAA